GAAAAGGAAAUCGAUACGAAAUAGCAGAAUACGAGGAUUGUUGUAAACAAAUUCAAAUACGAAUUUUACGGGGUUGUAGAGUAAGGUGUCUAUUUAGAGGUUUUUAUAUUUUUAUUUACAGUAUUAGGCAUAUUAUUUUAUUGAAUCUAUAAAAACAUUUGUCGAGUAAUAUUUGUUAUAUGCGAUUUAUUGUAGAAAUCUAUACUUAUUGGUGCUUCGUCAAUACAGAUAAUUUAUUUUAAAUAAUUUUUUUAAUGUCAUCAUCAUUAUACGAAAUGUCUGAAGUACGUAAGCGUCACGUUGGAAAAGAGGAAGAAAAAACACCAGAAGUUGAGCAGAAAGAAGAUGUUGACUCAGAAGAUGAUAGGACUUCCAAAGAUAGAUUUCUUGAAGAUGUUGGUACAGCUAUUCCUCAGGGAACAGAUCGGUCGCCAGAGGUUUUAGAUUCUGCAUUGAGUGGCUUGCCAGCAAGGUGGAAGAAUUGGGUUAUUCGAGGCAUCUUUACAUGGGUAAUGAUUGGAGCAUUUGGUCUUCUUAUUUAUUGUGGACCUCUUGCAUUGAUGAUAACGACCCUAAUUGUUCAAGUGAAAUGUUUUGAAGAAAUCAUUAACAUUGGCUAUGCAGUUUAUCGGAUCCAUGGGCUUCCAUGGUUCAGGUCACUUUCAUGGUACUUUUUGAUUGCAUCCAAUUAUUUCUUUUAUGGGGAGAGCUUGGUUGAUUAUUUUGGUGUCCUCAUCAGUAGAACUGAUUCACUCCGCUUCCUUGUGGCAUAUCACCGUUUCUUCUCAUUUUGUCUUUACAUAGGCGGCUUUGUGUGGUUUGUGCUGUCCCUUGUCAAGAAGUACUACAUGAAACAGUUUUCUCUGUUUGCAUGGACACAUGUCGCUCUUUUGAUUGUAGUGACUCAGAGCUAUCUUAUAAUACAAAACAUCUUUGAAGGUCUCAUUUGGUUUAUUGUUCCAGUGUCCAUGAUUGUUUGCAAUGACGUCAUGGCAUACAUGUUUGGUUUCUUUUUCGGCCGAACUCCUCUUAUCCAGCUGUCACCUAAGAAAACUUGGGAAGGUUUCAUUGGAGGUGGUUUUGCCACAGUAAUAUUUGGCUUGGUGGUGUCGUAUGUGCUCUGCCAGUACCGCUACUUCGUGUGUCCUAUUGAAUACAGUGAAACAUUAGGCCGCAUGACAAUGGACUGUGAGCCGUCUCCGUUGUUUCGUUCUCAGGAAUAUACAUUGCCAGAUUUCUUGGCUGGUGUGCUUCAUUUGAUGGGAAUGAAAAAUACUAUUACACUGUAUCCAUUUUUGUUGCAUUCAUUGUCGAUGUCAUUAUUUAGUUCCGUGAUUGGACCUUUUGGUGGAUUUUUUGCCAGUGGCUUCAAGAGAGCUUUUAAAAUCAAGGAUUUUGGUGAUGUGAUUCCUGGCCAUGGUGGGAUUAUGGAUCGAUUUGAUUGUCAGUACCUUAUGGCAACGUUUGUUAAUGUCUACAUCUCCAGUUUUAUUCAUACAGCAUCGCCUCAGAAACUCCUCCAACAGGUGAACAGCCUGAAACCAGAACAGCAGCUGCAGUUGUUCUACACACUUAAAGAUGCAUUAGAAAGUCGAGGAAUCCUUAAUCUUCAGUAAUUUUGCUGUUGUUGAUGUGGUUAAAAAAUUUAUGAAAUAGUUAAUCCAAAUUUUAAUCAUAUUGAAUAUCAAUUUCUGUUUUGACUAAUUAGUUAAAUGUUAAAACAUAAUGAUUGUGUGACUAUAGUUGUAUGAUUCCUUUGUGCAUUAGUUACAAUUUUGAAAAUUUUAAUCACACUCAAGUUGUGCACUUGAUGCAUUUUCAUCUCACUUGUACAAAUGUUUUAUGUUUAUAUAUGUGUACCUAUAGAUUUUUUUUUUUAACAUAAUUAGUACUUAUAUAUGUAUUUAAUUGUAUGUUUUGGUUAAAAAUUUAGGUUUUCAGUCGUAGAUGCUGUCUGAUGAUGUUUUUGUUUUACAAUACAGUGAAAUCUCAUUACAACUUACCUUUAAAAACUCACAGUUUUGGUACUUAAUAAUGACAGAACUUUAUACUGAACUGUUAUAAAUGUAAAGCAUCGUUCAGGUAUGUUAAAUUGAGAAAUCCUUUAGAGUAAGGUACUUUGUAAUGUUUCACUGUAUAUGAAAGUAAUAAAUUGUUAGCAAACUGCAUUUUGUAAGAAAACUGUUGGUAAAUAUUUUAGAACCAUUCGCUUUGGCUGUGUUCCUGUUGACUCUAGUCUUAUGUAAGUGUAAAAUAUUAUUAUGAUACUCAAUUUGAAUGUGUAUAUAUAAAUGGCUCUGUUCAA